AUGUCAUCAAGGUUCCGCGAGCUCAUUACUCUCUUUGGUGACUUUUUGGGUGACAAUGAGUUCCACUCCCGCAUCUCGAUGGAUGGCGUGGGUGAAGUGAAGGAUAUGUUUGUGGCCAAGACAAUACCCGUUGAUGAGACCGUCGGUGCCACCAUGGAGGCCGUGGCGAUUGAAGCCACUCGCCGCUGUGAUGCACUUCGCCGUGUGUGUAAUGCCGUACUUUGUAUGCGUGGAGAGUCGGAGUCUGUUAAUAUGGGUACGAUAAACACGCAAGAGGAGGAGCGUCUCGCAUGGAAAUUUCUUCUUGCGGCUCUUGAGAAGGACAGAGAUGCCGUUCUCGCUAUUAUGAAUGUGGAAUUGGUGCGUACCGCCGUAGAGCACCACUAUGCCAGUGCACGUCCAGAGUUAUGUGAUAUGUUUGUACACUUAAGUGCGAGUGAAAUGUUCUUUAUUGACGGUGAUUCACUUUUUAUGGCUGCCAUUUCCAUGCAAUCCGUAGAUUGGGAUCUCAUUCAACCUCUACAUGUUAUUUAUAAUGCGCAGAAACUUUUAUCUGAUUUGGAAUCCCGUGGGGCACGUUUUCAUGUGGUCUUUUUCGAUAAUGCCUUGUGGAUGUGGGAAAAGGCACCUGCAAAAUUAUUUUUGCGUGAAAACUUACGACUCACUUUAUUAUCUGUAUCUAAUAAUAACACAGACGCUGACCUUACGGUGGAGAACUUUCCCAGCUAUUACAGUGAAGAGUUUGAAGAGUAUGUGGGAAUUUGGGAACCAGAAUUCUUAUUGAUGUCUGAUGGAGAACAACUUGGUAGUCUUACACCUUUUCAAGAAUUUUUUGUAAAGCCAAGAGAAGAAAACGUUGAAACGGGAAAAAAUGAUAAUGUAAAUGGCAACAGUACAAUAAAUCCAUACCGUAUAAAACGUUCAUACAGAAGUCUUGUAGAUGAUGAAAAAGUUGGUAAUAAAGCAGCUAUGUAUUUCCGUUGUAUGCAAUUAUGGGCAACUACAAGAAGACUUAAAAUUGCCUACUCAUCACGUUUGAUUUAUAGAGAAAAUGCCAUUAUUGUGUUUACGGUACCAGUGGAUGGUUCAAGUUUUGAACGUGCGGUGGCAAUUGAACAAGAAGCACGUGAAUUGGCGAAAUCCCUUGAACAUGAGGUGGAAUUACCUAAUAUUACUUCAACAUCAUUAAAACUUCUUGAAGAGGAAUUAACAUACCGUGAAAAAAUUGUAUGUGUUGCCAUUCAUGCCUUUGUAAAUGAGAAGAAACGAACCGAUGAAGAGUUACAACUUUGUCAAGCAAUGAUUAUAACAUCAUAUGUGACAACAUCUCUUAAUUGUGAAUUACGUGCUCAACGAGUUCAACCAAAUGACAUCCUUUCGAAAUUUAUUUCGGAUCUAUCACCAUAUCUUCUUUCUGUAUUUCGUAAUACUUUAUGCUCUAAAGGACGUGGACAGGAAUUUGAUAUUAUUGAUGGACAUCUUUUUUACGCUAUUGUACGCCUUUUGCGAGCAAAUCCUGCAUGUGAACUUUUAGAUGAAGAUAGCGCCGCUGAUGUUAAUCUUUCAUGGCAGUUAAUUGUUGGUGAAGAUGCUCCUUCUAUCACAGAAUCACCUUUUACAAAAUUGCCAGAAAUUGUUGAACCAAAUCAUGUGAAGUUACAAACGUAUCCACAUAUUACACAUGAAUUGGUUGAAGGACUCGCAAAAUCAUUUAAAGUAACAAAUCAUUAUGCAGACACAGCAUAUCCAAGUGGAUUUGGUGCUGCUAAUGAACUCGCUGGUUGGGAUAUCACUACACCCUUUGAUAGAUUAAAUGAUGUUGUAGAUGCUGAAGGUGAAGCUAUUGCAAAGAGUAAUAUGACCGAAAAAGAAAUUAAAAAUAUGCAAGAGUAUAAUACAAAAUUUGUACGUAAUGCAUUUCAACAGGCACAAUCAAUGGGAAUUAGUGGUUUUGCAGCUCAUGAAUUAGCUAUUGUGUGUUCUGAUAAUGAAUCUGAUGAUGAAAAUGGUAAUAACAAAAAUGCAGCAGCGAAGAAAAAGGUAAAUAAAGCACAUGCAGGACAACGAAAUCGAAAAGUUCGUAGUAAAGAAGAAGAAAUUCGUGAACGUGGUAAUGCAACUUCUGCUACAAAUACGGUAAAUAAUUGGUAUAAACAAAUGGAACAACUUCUACGUAAUGCUGAUUUACCUUAUGGUCGUACGAGUAAUAAAGAUCGUGAUGAAGCUAUUUCUACAUUAUUAACUGCCAUUUCACGACUUUCUCAGGCAAAUUUUGGUAAAAGUUUUGAUCCAGGAUAUACACUUGAGGAAACUGCAGAUAAUAGUGUUCCAUUAAAACUUGCCAUGUGGCGUCUUCUUGUAUCGGCAAGUGGAAUGCGAGAAGUUGAAUUUGCACUUUCCCCUGAAGAUCCUAAAUUAAAAGAAGCUAAAGGAGCUGCUAAGAAGAAGGAUAUUAAGUCUGAUACAAAUUUUCUAUAUGGUUUUACUGUUAUUAAUAGACUUAUUGAUUCUCAGGAUGAGAAACAAGGUAAAUGGAGUCCUCAGCUUGAACCACUUCGUAAAGCUAGACCAGAUAUGACAUCCCCAGAGGCGGCAUCUUAUUUACGAUGGGUAUAUCUUUCCUAUGUGGAACUUCAUAUUCAAAUGAAACUUAAAUGUCGUGUCGUUAAAUUAUAUCUGGAAAAUUGGCGUGCUGAACGUGAACGUGCUCGACUUGCGAAAGAAUCACCAAGUAUUCCUUUGGCUAUUCCUCUUUUUCUUUACUGCCACCACGCUGUAUUAUCUGUAAUACGUGAUGAAGGUCUUCAAAUAUCUUCUGAAGACUUGGAUACGGUACGUUCCGCUCUUGCACAUUUUGAUUUUACUCAAGAUUAUUAUUCUAAAGUUGAUCAUGCUAUUACACGUUGGCAAAAUAAAGCACCAGGAGGUUUAACAACCAAUCUUUUACCACAUGGUAGACAACUCUUUGAAACACCAGAGAUGCUGCAAUUAAUUUAUAUGGGUCAUCUCUUAGAGCGACCUUUUAUGCGUGCACGUGAUUAUCGUGUCGCUUUUAAUCCUGAUAACUGGCAGAGGGAAUUACUUGAUAUUGUUGAUGGUCGUGGAAGUGCUGUGGUAUGUGCUCCAACAUCUGCUGGUAAAACAUUUAUUUCAUAUUAUUGUAUGUAUAAUGCUUUAAGACGAUCCAAUAAGAAAGUGGUUGUAUAUCUUGCUCCUGCUCGUGCUUUAAUUAAUCAAGCUGUAGCAGAUGUAUGUGCUCGUUAUGGUUCAAAGAAGUAUACAAGUCCUGGUAAACAUAUUUAUGGUGUACUUGGUGGAGCUGAUUAUCACCAAUAUCAUGAUAGUUGUCAAGUUCUUCUUACAGUCCCUGAAGCUUUUGAAACUAUGCUUCUUUCACCAAAGUAUACAGAUUGGGUGGAAUUAAUUGAUUAUGUUAUCCUUGAUGAGAUUCAUUCUAUGGAAAGUAGUGGUAAUGGUGAUGUAUGGGAACGUAUUUUGGCUCUUCUACCAUGCCCAUUUGUUGCCCUUUCUGCCACUUUAGGUGAAACUCAACAAUUAUGUGGUUGGCUUAAUCGUGUGCAAGAUCGUCUACGAGAACAAAAAGAAGAUGUAUCUAAUAAUAAAACACGUGAUUAUGCUGUACAUGUUUUACCAUCAGAAGGAAAGAGCAUUCAACGAUGGAAUGAUAUCAAAAAAUAUAUUUAUCUUCCACCUCCUGGAGCUCAAGUAUCUCUUAAAAAACUUACUUCCAGUUAUGAUAAACAAUAUAUACGUGAUCUUCAUCCAUUAUCUAUUCUUACAACUGAUCAACUUCAAAGUGGAUUUCCUCCUGAAAUUUCCCUCGUACCCAGUGAAGUAGUUUCACUUGUUGAAAAAAUGGGAUCCCAAUUUAAUGAAGUUCUUUGGUCUAAAUGGUCAUCUUUACCAUUAGUACAAUCAUUACGAGCACAAUUGGCAUUACUUGAACCAAGUAAAUAUUUUGAAAAGGAUAUUUAUAUUACACAAGAACGAGCACGAAAGUAUGAAGCAGAAGUUAAAAAUACUUUUGCUUAUUGGGUGUUUUUAAGUAAUCAACCUGAUGAACAUUUAUCUGAUUUAUCUGAUGAAGAUAUUGAAGAAUUUUGUGAUGCUAUGUCAUUUGUAACUCAAGGAAUUCUUUCAGCUUUUGCUCAACAAUUAACUCAUGAUGAAUUAGCACUUGAGAAAUAUGCAACAGAUAUUAUGGAAAAGAAGAAACGUUCACAUCAUCAUCAAGAAGAAGAAGAAGAAGAAGAAGAAGAGAAAAAAGAAAGAGAAGAAGAAAUGGAUGAAAAAUCUAAAAAUGAUCAGAAAGAAUCUGUAGCAUUCCCUGGUUCUCGACAAUAUAUUCGAGAAAAUAUGCUUAAUGUAUUACGUGAACUAAUUGCACGUAAUAUGGGUCCAACCAUUGUUUUUAGUUUUGAAUCUGAAGAUUGUGGAGAUCUUGUUAAGUAUGUUGUAGAACAACUAGAAGAAGCUGAAGCCCGUUAUCGACAGACAGAAGAGUUUGCUGCAUAUAAAUCUCGUAUAGAACGUUCAGCAGCUGCACAGGAAGCACGGCGAAAACAACGUGAAUCUACUUUAAAACAAAAACGUCUUACAACGGGAGAUGAUGGUAAUGUGGAAGUAAAUGAACGUGAUUUAAGUGAUGAAGGUGAAGGAGAUGAAGAACUCUUUGUUGUUCCUGAAGUAUUACCAGAAUUUACUUUUACUGGAGAUAAAUGUACAGUGGAACCAAGAGUUGUUCGGGAUUUAUUAGAUGAUUGUGAUAAAGAAGGUGAAGAUCUUCUUCUUCGAGCUUUAAAACGUGGUAUUGGUAUGCAUCAUGCUGGUGUUAAGGGUAAACUUCGUGGUCAUGUGGAACGUUUAUUCCGUGGUAGACACUGUGGUGUAAUUUUCUCUACUGAAACUUUGGCUCUUGGAAUUCAUAGCCCUUGUCGUUCGGUUGUAUUAGCUGGUGAUCAUAUUCUUCUUAAUCCUACGCAAUUUCGUCAAAUGAUGGGUCGUGCAGGACGUCGUGGUUUAGAUUAUCUUGGUCAUUUGGUAUUUGUGGGUAUUACGAUGCGACGUAUUAAACGAUUAAUGACGAGUAGCAUGACAGUUAUAAAAGGUAAUGUACAAAUGGAUCCUUUAUCACAGUUACGUCUACUUCAAUUAUAUGAUUUUAAUUCCCUUCGUCAAAUGAAGAAUGAUAUAGUUUGGAAACGACAUGUAUUAAAAUUAGCAGAACGUCUCUUUGUUAAUCCAUUAUUUUUCCAAGGACGUGCUUCUGUUGAAGGUGGCAAUAUGGAAAGUUUUACUGUGGAAUUUUUUCAAAUGUUACUUGGAUUUUUUCAAAAAGAGGGAUUACAUUUUAGCGAACAUACCUCAUCGCUAGGUUCUAUUUUACAAGAUGUUAUGUAUGUUUUUCGUGAGGCUCAUGUAGGCAAUGAAGGAUUUGCCUUUAUUCAAAUGCUCACAUCUGGAGUCUUUGAUAAAGCUCAAUAUCCAAUUAUGUACAGAAAUAAUCUUAAUAGUGGUGCAAUGGAUGAAACUAUUACUGAACUUCUCGCUUAUCUUUUCUCUACUCAUCGCACAUGUGGAGUACCUCUAGAAGUACAUCGAUCUGUUCUUCUUGAUCCUGCUGUAACUACACUUUGGGAAGGCAAGACAAGUCCCACUCAGCAUCGUGUAGUUCUCUCUCCUAUUGAUAUUUGCUCACCAUUGGUGAAAGCAUUUGAUAACACAGAUUUUUUUGCAAUGCUAUCAGCAUUCUAUAAUUAUCUUGGUUCAAAUUUGGAUCCCUUGUCAAAUGAUUCUAUUCGUCUUCCUUGGAUGACUAGCAGUAAGAAAAAACAAUCUAUAUUUGCUACUGAAAAUGGCGAUUUCCCACUUACAGAAAAAUUAAGUGAAACUCAUACUCCAUUUAAAGCUCGUUCUCCAUUUGUAGCUAUCAGUGGAUGUGGUGAUAUUUUUACCUCUGUUGAUGAUCUUGUAUUUACUCUUCGUGAUGGUCUUUUCUGUGAUCGUCGACUGCUUCCUAUAUUUGAUGUAGUAGAUGGAUGGCGUCAUGAUGGAGCACAGAUUCUUAUGAAUGCCUGUCUCGCAGAUUUUCUUCGAGCUAAAGCACAGAUUGAUACAACAAGAAAGAAUUAUCGCUUUACUCUACUUGAAGAACUAAAUGGUCUUUCUCAAUCUCUUUCGUAUGCGGUUCUAAACAAAGCAGAAAAAAUAUUGUCUAACCUUGCCGGAUUGGUACGUCGAUCAAACUUACCAGACGCAAAGGUAUUAACAGAAAUCAUGCCAGAAGAAUCUGAGGAAGAUGGUGCCUUUAUGGCAGGCGCUCCGCGAUUAAUGGAAGUGGCUGAACGCCUUCACUCACUCCAGCCACAAAUCCAGAAACGUUAUUCAGAGGAGUUGUUUGCAGCCAAAAGGGAAAGAUGGAGAACCGAACAGGCUGCACGACGAAACGAACUUCAGCAGCAGCAACAACAUCACUAG